AUGGUCGUGCCAGCCAUAGAGGACAGCAACGCGCUGAAACUUGAACGUUGUCGUGGGCUCGUGGCAGAGAGAGAUAGAGACACUGACGGUCAGAGUCAACACUCAGAAGAAGACGCCGACGCCGGCGGCGGGUCAGGCUCCACGCACAUCCCCGGCGAGCUCGGCGCCAGCGCGCAGCUCGACAUGCACGGUCUGGACGAGCACCACGCCGGCGGCCAGCUCCGCCAGCCCCACGCCCACGCCGCCCCCGCCUCGGCUCGUGGCCGGCUGUGCGCCGUCCCCGCCCGUGCCCGCCGCGGCCGGCUCCGCCCCGCUCCGGCGACCUCCGCCCGCCCACGCCCGCGCCGCCCGGCGACCUCCGCCCCGCCCACGCUCGCGCCCGUCGCGGAGAGCGCCGCCCCGCCCGUGGCCGGCGCGGCGAGCCCCGCCCGUGCGGCCGCCGCCCCGGCGACCUCCGCCCCCGCCCACGCCCGCGCCCGCCCGGCGACCUCCGCCCCGCCCACGCCCGUGCCCGCCCGGCGACCUCCGCCCCGCCCACGCCCGCGCCCGUCGCGGCGAGCGCCGCCCGCCCGUGGCCGGCGCGGCGAGCCCCCGCCCGUGCCCGCCCCGGCGACCUCCGCCCCGCCCCCGCCCACGUACGCGCCCGCCCCGGCGACCCUCCGCCCCGCCCCGCCCCGCCUCGCCCGUGCGCGCGCCCAUCGCGGCGAGCGCCGUCCGUGCCCACCGCGGCCAGCUCCGCCCGCCCGGCGAGCGCCGCCCCGCCCGUGGCCGACGCGGCGAGCCCCGCUCGUGCCCGGCCGUGGCUGUCCACGCGAACCCAGCCCGUUCCCUUUAUACACAAGCAAUACGGAUACACAAUACUGA